GAAUAGAGACAGCAAACCCAACGACUGCCAUGCCAGCAGCCAGAUCCAAAUUUCUUUGUUCUACGGGCCUCCCUCAGAAUCUCUUUUCCCAGAAGCAAUCAAUCAAGAGAAAAAUAAAAAAAAGAGAAUAAUAUUUUUACACAGAUUUUCACUUCCUUUCUAUAAAACCGAUUACGAAUUUUCAUAUUAGAAAAAUCUCCGUCUGAUUUUUCUUUCUAAUUCAGAAUCUCUGUUUCUGAGUUUUCAUAUAUCUUUUGGCUGAGAUGAACAUGGCGGCCAAGUACGGUUCUUUCAGGUACAAUUUCGCCGAGAAAAGAGAGAGACUGCUUUCCAUAAACAAAGGGUAUUCUGAGCUUGCCGGUUUCAACCCCAUUGAAGGACUUGAAGAGCCCAAAAAGUCAGCUCGGUGUUGCUCUUUCCGAGCGAUUUCUGAUAGUAUUGUUAACCGGUUCAAAACCGUUCGAGAAGUUGUUGACAAAGCUGUGCAGAUGGGUAAAUCCGACCCACGAAAGAUAAUCUUCUCUGCGAAAAUGGCUCUUGCUCUGACUCUCAUUUCGUUGCUUAUUUUUCUGAAAGAACCGCUCGAAGAGUUGAGCCGGUACUCUGUUUGGGCUAUCCUUACUGUCGUGGUGGUCUUUGAGUUCAGUAUUGGAGCGACUCUUAGUAAGGGAUUGAACCGUGGGAUAGGGACACUUUCAGCUGGAGGGCUUGCUCUGGGUAUGGCAGAGUUGUCACAGUUGGCUGGAAAGUGGGAAGAAGUUUUUCUUAUUAUCAGUAUAUUUAUCAUAGGAUUUAUUGCGACUUAUGCAAAACUAUACCCAACAAUGAAGCCUUAUGAAUAUGGAUUUCGAGUGUUCCUGUUGACAUAUUGUUACAUUAUGGUAUCUGGGAAUAGAACGGGAGAGUUCAUACAUACAGCUGUGACACGGUUCUUACUCAUUGCUCUUGGUGCUGCUGUCGGUCUGGGAGUGAAUAUAUGCAUUUUUCCUAUCUGGGCUGGUGAGGAUCUUCACAAUUUGGUAGCAAAAAAUUUCAUGGGUCUUGCAACGUCUUUGGAAGGCUGUGUGAACAAUUACCUUAACUGUGUCGAAUAUGAGAGGAUCCCUUCAAAAAUUCUUACAUACCAAGCUUCUGAUGACCCUGUCUACAGCGGCUACAGAUCAGCUUUACAAUCUACAAGCCAAGAAGAUACUCUGAUGGGUUUUGCCAUCUGGGAGCCACCUCAUGGGCGUUAUAAAAUGCUUAAAUAUCCAUGGAAGAACUAUGUAACAGUAAGUGGAGCACUGAGGCAUUGUGCUUUUAUGGUCAUGGCAUUGCACGGAUGCUUACUUUCAGAAAUACAGGCCCCAGCUGAACGAAGACAGGUUUUCCAUAGUGAGCUACAGAGAGUAGGAUAUGCAGGUGCCAGUGUAUUACGUGAACUUGGAAACAAAGUGAAGAAGAUGGAGAAAAUAGGAUCAGUUGACAUACUCUAUGAAGUGCAUGAGGCUGCAGAAGAGUUGCAAAAGAAAAUCGAUCGGAAGUCCUACCUUCUUGUCAAUUCGGAAAGCUGGGAAAUUGGCAAUCGGCCAAUAAAGGAGCUGAGUGAUCCCCAAGAUUUCUUGCACUUGGAUGAUGAAGAAAACAAAUACCAUGACUACCGGUCACUUAGUGAUGCUAAACUUGAUCUCAGAUAUGUUCCGGUGCCACGAAGUUGGGAUAGUAAGAACCCUGCAGGCCUGGACUCUACACCUGAUGGUGUGAGGGACAUGCCAAGUGUCGUAAAUUCCAACCCCAGUGGCUUGAACUCCGUUCCACCAUCAACUCGAAAAUUGUUCAAGAAGCAGGUAUCAUGGUCUGCAGGUCUUAAGUUUCCUGAAGAUAGAGUCCUUAAAGAAGAAGAAGAAGAAGAAGAAGAAGAAUCAAAGACUUAUGAAAAUGCAACCCAAUUGUCAUUAGCAACAUUUACAUCACUUUUAAUUGAAUUUGUUGCCAGGCUUCACAAUCUUGUUCAUGCAUUUGAAGAGUUAAGUCAGAAAGCAAAUUUUAAGGAUCCUGUUGAGGCACCACUAGAAGUAGUAGAGCAUGAUGGGUUUUGGACCAGAUUGCUUAACUGUGUGAAGUUCUAGACUGGGCUGGCUAAAGAACAAGGCCACAGGGCCCUUGGCUGGGGCACACAAAAAGAAUGGCUCAAAAUGAAAAUCUUAUAUCAAAUAUAUAAUAUUCUAUUUCUUUGUACA